AAACAUUACCAUAUAUAAUAAUACGGAGUAUCUCAAGAUCACUGUUCAAAACAAACACUUUGGCAAUAAUACAUUCAUGUGAAAAAGCUUCUCUGAUCUCUAGGGUUCGGUAGCUUCUCGCCGCCGCCUUAGUGUAGGUUGAGUUUUCCCUUUUCGCUUUUCAUUCUUGGCUUCGGACUUCUUCGAAUCAAAGGUGGGGCGAGUAGGUGGUUUGGGUCUGUGUCUAUCGGCAGGCAUCGAGGAGUGCAGGGGGGAGUUUUUCUGGUUUGACUUUUGGGACGAGGGAAGUCGGUGGAGUGCUGCUGCGGCUUUUGGUUUGACUACCGCGGCUUCGACUGUUGAGAAGAAGUCCUCUCGAAGGGGCAUCUAGGCGGACAAAUUUUUAACUAUGGAAGAUGUGGUAGAGCAGUAUAGACGUUUGGCUUUGGAGAAGGAAAACAGUAGGCUGAAUUUUGAUGAUGAGGAGGAAGAGGUUACCAUUCCAAACGCAAAGGUGGCGGAGUUUCCGGUGGUGGGAGUCAUUCAUACCGACCGGAAAGUCAGAUUUCAGGCAUUACAGGAUCUGUUUAUACCGCUCUGGAGACCAGGAAGAGGAAUGACGGUUCAAGAAAUUGAUGACAAGAGGGUUAUGGGACACUCUGAGAAAUUUUGCCCAUUAAAAUAUGUGGAGGAUCUCGUGUUGGAGAAAAACUUUAGUGCUGAUCUCAGAGCAAGUGGUGGGGGAAAGAUUAGCCCCACAAGGGGUGGUAAGUGGUUGGUGGAUAAACAGGGAGGUCCGAAUCAUUAUAGGAGGGCUCAGGGAGAUGAGGAAGAAACUAUGAGACAGGGACGCAAGGGGAGUAUAGCUGAGACAGAAAGUAGUGGCACAAAGGAAGAGAGUAGAAGCGGUGCAGGGGAGGUCUCGGUUGAUCAGAAGCGCAGGAGAGUCUGGAAGGAUCCGGCAGAAGAAAACAACACAGAAGAAGAGAUGGCACUGGACAACACAAAAAACGGGGAGGAGACGGGCUUCAACUAAUAGGCCCGUCUGAUAUGCUCGUGACGUUGCAGGUGCAGAAGUUCCAUGGUGGUGCCUAUUUUAUUAUUGGUUGUUUUAUUUCUUUUGACGUUCAGACUGUUGUUUUUGUUUGUUAUUUUGUUUACUAUUGUAAGACUCUUGCAUUAGGCUCGGGUGAUGAGAGUGCUAUAGUAACCAUUGUUGGCUCAAUUAUGCCCAAUUUAGGGUCAGCGAAUUAUACUGCUUUCUUGAAGGUGGUUAAUUCAGAGUCUGGCCCAAGGACGGAUGGUUAUUGGUGGUACUCUUGUUAUUUUAGAUCCUUGCUGAAUGCUCUUAUUCUAAUAUAAGCCCCCUUCAUCCAAAAAAAAUCAUAAUAUGCUUAAAUGAUAGAGAGUAUAUAUAAAAGAUGACUUAU